AUGGUGCAAACUCGUGUACCUAACGGUCCCAAGCCGCAGCGAGCGUGGUGGAAAGAAGCGGCAGUCUAUCAGAUUUACCCGUCCUCGUUCAAAGAUUCAAAUGGAGACGGCAUCGGAGACAUCCCCGGCGUAAUCGAGAAGCUCGAUUAUAUCGAGGCCUUGGGGGUCGACAUUAUAUGGGUUACGACAAUCGCCGACUACAGGUCAAUCGAUCCGAGAUAUGGCUCAAUGGAUGAUGUGGACCGACUGAUUCAUGGCCUGCGUCGACGGAAUAUGAAGUUCCUCAUGGAUCUCGUCGUCAACCAUACUUCAGACCAGCAUGCUUGGUUUCAGGAGUCUCGGUCAUCGGUGUCAAAUCCAUACCGGAACUGGUACAUUUGGCGCAAACCCAGGAUCGACGACCAGGGAAAUCGUCGGCCCCCGAACAACUGGAGUACGUACUUUGGUGGCAGCGCGUGGACCUUCGACAAGCACACCGGGGAAUACUACUUGCAUCUCUUCGCCCCCGAGCAGCCGGACCUCAACUGGGAGUGUGAUGAAAUGCGAGCAGAGGUAUACGACGUAAUGCGGUUCUGGCUGGACAAAGGUGUCGACGGUUUCAGAAUGGAUGUCAUCAACCUCAUCAGCAAGGAUCGUAGAUUGCCAGAUGCAACGGUGGUAGACAACGCCAAGCAGUAUCAUCACGGGAGUGAGCACUAUGCCAAUGGUCCUCGAAUCCAUGAGUAUCUCCAGGACAUUGGCGCCAUUAUGCAGGAGUACGGGGCGUUUUCCGUGGGCGAAAUGCCCUGGAUCUCUGAUGCUGAUGAAAUUCUCCGGUGCGUUGGCUCUGAGCGGAAUGAGCUGAAUAUGAUCUUCAACUUCGAUAUUGUUGAAGGUAUAGACCACGGUGCCGGCGGAAAAUUCAGUCCGAAGGAGUGGCAAAUGUCGGAACUGAAAGAUAUCGUCAACAAAUGGCAGCGUUUCAUGUAUGACAACAACGGCUGGAAUGCCUUGUUCCUGGAGAAUCAUGAUCAAGCCCGAACAGUCUCGCGAUGGGCUUCUGAUAAGGCCCAGCAUCGAGAGCAGGCAUCGAAGAUGUUCGCCACCUUUUUAGGCCUCCAGAGCGGUACUGUUUUCCUUUACCAGGGACAAGAGCUCGGGAUGUCGAACAUUCCAGAACAUUGGGAGAUGGAAGAUUUCCACGACCUCGAAACGCUGAACCAUUGGCAAGAGCUGCGGGAUACGGAGAUGGACAAGGAAUCGCUUGUCAUCGCGAAGGGUCAGUAUCAUCUCAAGUCCAGAGACAAUGCUCGAACGCCUAUGCAGUGGUCGGCAGGGGAACACGCGGGGUUCACAGAUGGCCAGCCGUGGUUCCGUGUGAAUGACCGGUAUCGAGAAUGCAAUGCCUCCAGCCAAGUAGGUGUUGCUGGGAGCCCCUUUCAGUACUGGGCGCACAUUCUGAGCUUGCGGAAAGCAUGGCCAGAUGUCUUCGUCUAUGGAGACUUUGAGUUGGUCGAUCGCAAGAAUGAAGACGUUUUCGCGUACACAAGACGUGCCGAAGAUGACUGUGCUUUGGUGGUAUGCAACUUCCGUGAGCGAACAAUCGACUGGUCAGUCCCGACAGGCGUGUUCGUCCUUGAAAAGGGGGAUGUGCUGGCAAGCGUGUACCCGGACGUACAAUCCGGGAACAACAACAGCGUUCGUUUAAGGCCUUUUGAGGCAUUCGUCGUACGACAGCAGAUUCGCCAUGUUAGCAGUAGCAAAUAG